AUGGACACCGCCCGGCCCUCGCGCCGCAAGAAGACGGCGACUUCUGUCCCGGAAGACGCACCCUACGCUCAGGAUGAAUCGCCGUUGCCCAGCGCGUCCUUCUCGCAAUCUUCUUCCACCAUCCGCCCGGUUACCCCCGAGUCGAACCCAGACAUCGCCCAGUCCGUCCCCGACGACCACCUGCAAGCCGACUUCAGCACCGCAACCUCUCCCGCGACUUCUCCCAAGACCCUGGCGCGCGACGGCUCUAGGCACAUGCACCGCGGCCUGGUCAACCGCACGGCGACGGCGUCAAACGAUGGAGAGUAUGCGAUGAGGAGCUCCCGAGAGCCCUCCAACCGCCCGCGCACCCGGACCAUGGAGGAACGGACGUCCAGGGACCGCUCGCCAGCUUCCUUGUUUCAGAAAAACCGUCACCGCAUCGGCUCAGUCCACUCGACCGGUCAGGUCCCCUUCCAGGGCCUCGACGAUACCGUCACCUCCAUCGGACACCCAUCCACCAUCUCGCCGCCUCCCGUUGCCUCUUCGCGGAACAACUCGGGCUCGCGGGCACGCCUGAUCAAGCAGCCGCCGCGGCCCACGUCUCCGCUCCCCCAUUCACACUCGGCCCAACCGGAUUCGUGGGUCUCGCCGGUCCCUGCCUCAGACGCAAAGAAAAUACUCAAACUUAUGCGGUCGACGUGUGGACGGAUGAAGGGCAUGUUGGCUUUCAGAAGAGGGGAUACGAGCCCUUGGGCGUUGUCGUACUGUUACAUCAACGAAGAGACUGGCAGCUUGGUAUACGAGCCCAAGAACGACAACUCCUACCACCGGACUCUGAUUCCGGAUCUGCGAGGUUGCCGUGUCAAGACUGCGUACGACGCGGAAUCCUACACCGCAUACAUCGAUGUUAAUCUGCACAAUUCUAACCUGGAGGUUCACCUCCGCCCUCCGACCCAGGAGGAAUAUGAUUCGUGGUUUGCAGCUCUCAUGUGCUGGCAGCCCAUCCGCCCCAAAGGAAUCCAGAACAAAAUGGCGAAGCCCCAGCAGCCACUUUCAAGCGCAAGCGGCAGGCCGCCGCUCGACAGCCGACGGCAUUCCGAGAUCUCUCUUUUGAAGGAGGCACCCAUAAUAAAAGUUGGAAAGAUGAUAUUCUGGGAUACAAAUGUAUCAUUUAGCAACAACAAUACCGGUACUCCCAAGUCCGGCCAACCCGCCGCGACUGGAUCGGCUCGACCUGCUGCCGGAACCCGCGUGCAGAGCUUCGGUGCUCGCAGGUGGCGCCGUGUGUCUUGCACUCUGCGAGAGAACGGUGAGCUGAAGCUGUACUCUGACACUGACGUCACGCUCGUGUCGGUGGUGCAGCUAUCGCAGCUUUCACGAUGUGCGGUUCAGCGGCUGGAUCCGACCGUCCUGGACAGCGAUUUCUGCAUUGCCAUUUACCCUCAGUACACGUCCACCUCCACAUCCUUGUCUCUUCUCAGACCAAUUUUCCUGUCUUUGGACUCGCGGGUGCAAUAUGAGGUCUGGCUUGUCCUUCUUCGCGCGUUUACGAUACCCCAGUUAUACGGCCCGAAACAACCUUCGAUCAGUCUUCCAGAAGAUUUGCAGUCGCCGGGGUCUCAAUCGUCACAACUGGCCCAAGCGCAAAACGCCUUAGACAUGUUCCGCAUGGAACGAUCUCUCAACGUUCGCAUCAUCGAGGCCCGGCUAAGCCCGCCCUUGAGCCCCAAGUUUGGGGAGGGCCGCGCAAUUCAUCAUGGGCCACGUCCUUCAUCAGGGAACAAAGAACUUCAAGGUGGCUAUUACGUCGAAGUCCUCUUGGAUGGCGAAACUCGCGCAAGGACCAUGAUCAAAGACGCUUCGGAUCCUUUCUGGCGGGAAGAGUUCGAUUUCCAGGAUUUGCCAGCGGCUUUGUCGACGGCCAGUCUGCUGCUCAAAAAGCGGCCGACGACACCGCCAAAUAACGGAUCAAAGGCCCGGGACUAUGCCAAGGACCUGGCAAGAGAUGCCUUCUCUGGCAACGACAGUUCUGGGGGUUACGCGGGCAUCUCUUUUGAUCAGACCUGUGGAAAAGUCGACGUUUAUCUUGAUGAUAUGGAAUCUGGCCAAGAGGUGGAAAAGUGGUGGCCCAUGGUUAACAUGUAUGGCAACUCUGUUGGCGAGCUGCUCGUUCGUGUCAAAGCAGAGGAAGGGGUGAUUCUGAUGGCGCGGGAUUAUCAGCCAAUGUCAGAACUGCUACAUCGCUUUUCCAACGGACUAACCCUCCAGAUCGCAACGAUGAUACCGCAGGAGCUCAAGAGAUUAAGCGAAUGCCUCCUCAACAUCUUCCAAGUCUCUGGCCAAGCCGGCGAGUGGAUAAUGGCCCUUGUUGAAGAGGAAAUCGACGGAACAGCCAAGGAAACCUCCGUCAGUCGGCUUCGUUUCAGUCGUCGCUUGGGUUCAGGCGAUGCCGGUGACAUGACCUACUCCAACGCCGGUGAUCGCGAAUUGGUCGUCCGUGAUUUGGGCAACAAUGCCAAACUCGAGGCAAACCUGUUGUUCCGCGGCAACACUCUAUUAACCAAGGCUCUCGACUUCCACAUGAAGCGUCUCGGCAAGGAGUACCUCGAAGAAACACUUGGAGAAAAGCUGCAGGAGAUCGCAGACCGUGAUCCUGAAUGCGAAGUCGAUCCAAACCGUAUUGGAGACCCCCACGAGGUGCAGCGCAACUGGAAGCGGCUCAUUGGCCUGACCGAGGAGAUGUGGGAAGCCAUUGCUACUAGCGUUCACAGAUGUCCUGCAGAGCUGCGUUUGAUCUUCAGGCAUAUCAGAGCAUGCGCAGAAGACCGCUAUGGAGACUUCCUGAGGACUGUCACGUACAGUUCCGUCAGUGGCUUCAUCUUCUUGCGUUUCUUCUGCCCGGCUGUUCUGAACCCUAAGCUUUUUGGCCUGCUGAAAGAUCAUCCCAAGAUGCGCGCUCGACGCACUUUGACCCUAAUCGCAAAGUCGCUCCAAGGUCUUGCCAACAUGUCGACUUUUGGCGCCAAAGAACAGUGGAUGGAGCCCAUGAACUCAUUCUUGAAUGGCCACCGUCAGGAAUUCAAGAAGUUCAUUGACGAUAUCUGCUCGAUUUCGCCGAACACCUCGUCCGUCUCGCCGAUCCCUCCUUCGUACAGCACGCCGCUCGCAAUCUUGCAGCGUUUGCCACCCACCAGCAGGGAAGGUUUCCCAAGCCUGCCGUACCUCAUUGACCACGCUCGGAACUUUGCCGAAUUGGUCACACUGUGGCUUGACAACACGGGAGAGCUUGCUGAGAAUCUAGCGCAAGAGGAGGGUGACCUGGCAAAGUUCCACAACAUCUGUGUUGCCCUCAACGCCCGAACACGUGACUGUCUGGAACGGGCCGAACGCGCUGAAAGACCCAGCAGCACCCUCAGCGUCAAGUGGGAAGAACUGGUGGAACAGCUGGAGCAUACCUCGAUAUCUCCGGCGUCCGAGUAUCCACCACCGGUACCCACAGAAUCACCGCCACUCGGUUUCGAAUCAGGUAGCCUGAGGCGGAAGCACAGAGACACGGAGACGAGUACCGGAUCGGGCACUUCGGCGCCGUCAUCUGCCAUUGCUUCAGCCCCCAUGUCGCCAACGUCAACAAUCGGGACUUUGCCGAUUCAAGGCGGGCCGAUGUCCCCCAUGUCCCCCACCUUGCCAAUUCAAGGGGCGACUAGUAAUGUGACCUGGCAGCGUGACCCCUGGGAUUUUGCCGGGCGUGAGCGCGACGCGCAGCGCGUCUCAGAUACGCCGACCACGUCAACAACCGCGGGGACGUUGGGCAGUAACCGCAGUCUCUCGCAGAGGGCCACGCACCAUCGAGUCGCGGCGUCUUCCCCUGCCCGUUCAGCAGCAUCUACAAACAAUACCCCGCGUUCCUCGAGCCGAUAUGCGCCCAGCACCGAAGGUGGAAAUGCAAGCCAGGCCGGUAGUGUGAAAGGCAGCAUUGAAGAGACGAGCGACGAGGAGGAUGUCGAUGACGAUGGGGAGAGCAGCAUGGGUGCUGACAUUGCCAGCCACGGAAGGCACACGCCCCCGGGUUCGUCUCAUGGAUUCGAAGAACGCAUGGGUGUUAGCGAGCAGCAGCUUCUUCACCACAGCGUUGGCCAUGGCAGUUACCCGGCCCCUGUGGGAACUCCGCCUCAGUCUGACUGGCCUCGGCCGGCGCCUAUUAACGGACCAGGAGGCAUGGCAGGCGGUAACUUCACUAUGCCGAACAGUGUCUAUCCCGCCAACCCGCAUUCCUCCUACAACAGCGUAUCACGUGUACCUUCUCAGCAAGCUUCAUACUCGACGCUCCCGCACGCGCCCGGAGUUCAAAGCAUGGAGAGCAGCGUGUACAGCGAUCCUGGUCAUUCGACGCCGACGUCAAUUUCCACGUAUCACGUGGGCCCCGUCGUCCCUACGCAGCAUUCGCCCGGUGGUCUUCUUGAUGAGGAUGGCUCAGAAAGUGAGACGACUGCCUUGCCACAGGUGGCCAGGGGAGACCGGAACUACAGCGAUGUGCUGGAGAACCUGAGCAGAAGCGAAAGAGAAAGCAGAGGGCUGCGCAGUCUUGUCUUCAAGAAGAGGACCAAGGACGGCAGAGACCGCGGCGAAAAAGAGCGGGAAAGAGAGGAGAAAAAGCAGCGGAAAGCGGAGAAAGAGGCGGCGAAGGAGAAGGAGAGACUGGAGCGAGAGAGGGGGAGAGAAAGAGGUGGCACGCAGAGAGGUCGGGAGAGGAUGGGGGACUUGAGCGGCGACCUGCGAGCUGACGACGAAUGA